GAAACGUGUCUAUUGCUUGUGCGCUUCACUCUAUCAUACUAGAGUUGGUGUUUUCGGCUCCGUUCGAGCUAGUAUACGCAUGUCAUGUAAUUUUGACGUAGUGCUUGUGAGAAUAUCUUGACAACCUUACGAUUUUAUUCGCCGAUUACAUCAUAGUUCGUUUCAUAUAAGAAUUUGUUCGCGAAUCCACCGUGUCGAUAAUUUGUUUAGAUUCGUCCAUUGUAUUUGCGAAAAAUCAUGAGCACGUACGACAAAUUUAAAACGCGAGUGGAGCGCACAAACCAGAGUCAUUUACUUCAGUUCUGGGAGGAAUUAACAUCCGAGCAGCGAAAUGAAUUCGCGUCACAAUUGGAAACGAUCGACUUUGAGGAAGUCAAUCAACUGUUCCAAGACGCGAUGGCCAGGCUAGAAGAGGACGUCGUUAAAAUCGACAAUCACAUGAAACCAAUACCACCUUCGCAAUUGGAGUCGGAAGAAAGCUCACAGCCAGAAACGUUGGAAAGGUACAAAAGAAUCGGAUACCAAGAAAUUUCCGAAGGGCAUGUUGGAGUACUUGUACUGGCCGGUGGUCAAGGGACGAGACUCGGCGUUACGUAUCCCAAAGGAAUGUACUCUGUAGGAUUGCCGUCUGGAAAAACUCUCUUUCAAAUCCAAGCCGAAAGGAUUAGGCGAGUGGAAAACUUGGCGAACGAAUACACAGGAAAACACGGUUACAUCACUUGGUAUAUUAUGACUAGCGGACCGACUGAAGAAGCUACCGAAGGCUUCCUUAAAACUCACAACUUCUUUGGACUCCGGUCGGAAAAUGUGGUCCAGUUCCGUCAAGGACUUUUACCUUGCUUCGAUUUAAAUGGGCGAAUCCUCCUGGAAAAUAAGAAAAGGUUGGCCUUGGCUCCAGACGGUAAUGGCGGCCUAUACCGUGCACUUCGCGAUCAGGGUAUCUUAAAUGACAUGCUACAACGGGGAAUUCGCCAUCUCCACAUUCAUAGUGUUGACAAUAUCCUGGUCAAAGUAGCCGACCCCGCUUUCAUCGGUUAUUGCGUUGGCAAAAAAGCGGAUUGUGGUGCAAAGAUUGUGCGAAAAUCAAGCCCAAUGGAAGAGGUUGGGGUCGUAUGCCAAAUCGACGGCCGUUUUCAAGUGGUCGAGUACAGCGAAAUCACUGAAAAGACGGCCAAUCUCCGGGACAAAGAGGGAACGAUAGUAUUUAGUGCAGGUAACAUUUGUAAUCACUACUUCUCGAUCAAUUUCCUAAACGAAAUCGUCACGAAACAUCUCGAUAAGCUGAAACUACACGUUGCCAAAAAGAAGAUACCGUUCAUCGACGAAAACGGAGACAAGAUUAAGCCGGAUAAACCCAACGGAAUUAAAAUGGAAAAGUAUGUGUACGACGUCUUUCAGUUUAGUGAUCACUUUGUCACUUGGGAAGUUCCCCGCCAUGCCGAGUUUAGUGCGUUGAAAUAUUCGGACGAUGUUGAAAGAGACUGCCCAUCUUCAAGCCGGAAGAACCUGUUUAGCUUGCACAAGAAGUACAUCGUGGCCGCUGGCGGAACUGUCGUUGGUGAUAUCGUCGAAAUUUCGCCGCUAAUUUCCUACUCUGGCGAGAAUUUAAAGGAAAAGGUGGAAGGCAAAGUUUUUCACGAACCUGUUCUUCUCAAUUACGAGUAGGCCACCAUCAUUAGUGGACACUUCCGAAUCGUACACUAAGUUGCACAGUGCCGCUUGCACAAAAUUCUUCUACUUGCACAUGGAAUUGUGUAUCUUACUCUUGUUAUUUUAGCAUAAAUACUCGGUUAGAUGAAUUCCAGCACCAGUCUUAAUAUUUUAUACAUUUAUACACA